AUGCGUCUCACCGUUGGAUUGAUCAACGAAGCGCUAUCAUACAACAACCCAGUCAACGAGCGCGAGCUCAAUCUUCGCGGACACAAGAUCCCGACCAUUGAGAACCUGGGUGCGGCGAGGGAUCCGGAAUGUAUCGACUUUACCGACAAUGAUUUAGUGAACCUUGCCAACUUCCCGUUGUCACCACGGCUGCAGACACUUCUCUGUGCACACAACCGAAUCACCAGCAUAGCGUCUAAUUUGUCGAAAAAUGCACCGAAUCUGCACACCUUGGUGCUUUCGCAUAACAACAUUUCCGAGCUGACGGCUCUCGAUGCACUCCAAGGACUCACCAAACUCCAACAGCUCACGCUUUCGGGCAACCCGGUGACUGCGAAAGAGAAUUAUCGAUAUUAUGUCCUCUGGCGCUGCCCGCGUGUCCGAUAUCUCGACCUCACAAAGGUCAAGGAUGCAGAGCGCAACCGCGCCAAAGAGCUUUUUGGAUCCUACGAUGACCCCACGGAGCUGGCGAAGGGCAUAAUCGCGGCAGGAGCUCUCAACGUGCCCACUUACGCAACGUCGGUCCUGGCGAACGGCACUGGCAAGACUUCCAGGUCCAAGUUCACCAAGGACCAGGAGAGCCGAUUGCGCGUGCUCAUUUCAAAGGCCAACAGCCUCGCCGAAGUUCAGCGAUUAGAAAAAGCGCUCAACGAAGGAAGGCUGCCUGCUGGGUUUGCCACGGACGAUGAUGCCAUGGACGAGACAUGA